CCUCCAGCUUCAUCCACUCUCACGUUCCCAGACCCCUUCACACCCCGCACUUUCCAGCACUCUCACCCGCUCCCAGCCAGGCCUCGGCUUCACACAGACUCUGCCCAGAUUCACUCACGCUCACAGCUUGCUGGCAGUCAGUCUCCGCUCAUCCUCCAUGGCAUCCCAUGCAGCUGCACUACUAGCCCUCAGCCUGCUGAUUCUCUGGACCUCCCCUGCUCUGGGAGAUGCCAACGACGCUGAAGACUGCUGCCUGUCUGUGGCCCAGCGCCCCAUCCCUGGAUUCCUGGUGCGAGCCUAUCGCUACCUGCUCAUCAGCAAUGGCUGCAGGGUGCCUGCCGUUGUGUUCACCACGCUGAGAGGUCACCAGCUCUGUGCACCCCCAGACCAGCCCUGGGUGGGCCGCAUCAUCCGGAGACUGCAGAAGAACUCAGCCAAGGGAAAGCGCUACAGCAGGUAGCCCAUGAUAGCCCCAGAGGGAUCCCUGUGUCUGAGGGAAAGAAUGUGAAUCACUGAAGCCCUGGGGA